CUUGUUUUCCCUUUGUUUGUGAAAACCUGGUUAAGAAUAUAAAAAUGUGCCUGUCAAAAGAAUUAAAACAAAGAUUCAAAAAAGAAGAAGAAAAAAGUCAAUCAAGGGCCAUAAUUUGUAUUUAGGGUUAUAUGGAGUUAUAUAACCUUAUUGUAAGAUGGCCGUCAUUGAUUAUGCGAAGUAUUGAGUCAAAUGAAUGAAGGGUAUAGAAGUUUUUUUAAUUAAAAUCCAAACUUGCCCUUUAACUUCAACCUGCUCUAAAACUUAAACCUAAGUUCCGAGGUCAAUCGGGGGCCAUAAUUUGUAUUAAGGAUAAUAUGGAGUUAUGUAACCUCAUUGUGUGAUGGUCCUGAACAACUGUGUGAAGUAUUAAGUCAAUUGAAUGAAUGGUAUAGAAGUUAAUAAUAAAUAUCCCAACCUGCCCUAAAACUUUAACCAAACUUUAAAAGUCAAUCAGGGGCCAUAACUUGUAUUAAGAAUAAUAUGGAGUUAUGUAACCUCAUUGUGUGAUGGUCCUGAACAACUGUGUGAAGUAUUCAGUUAAUUAAAUGAAUGGUAUAGAAGUUAUUAAUAAAUAGCUCAACCUGCCCUAAAACUUUAACCUAAGUUCCAAAGUCAAUCAGGGGCCAUAAUUUAUAUAAAGGAUAAUAUGGAGUUAUCUAACCUCAUUAUGUGGUGGCCCUAAAGAACUGUGUGAAGUAUUAAGUGAAUUGAAUGAAGGGUAUUGGACCUAUAAGUGAAAAUCCCAAGUUGCCUUAAACUUUAACCGGACACCGACGCCGACGCUGGGGCGAGUAGUAUAGCCCUCCUUAUUCUUCGAAUAGUCGAGCUAAAAAUGUAGCUUAAAUGUUUCAUAGUAAUAAAAUAUCAAUAAUUAAUAGUUGCUUUUCCAAAAGAGCGCUAGGGCUUUAGCCAAGGAUUUUUGUAAAAGACAAAUUACAAUAUAGGUUUUCACUCUUAUUGGUAUCUUCAAUUAGGCUACACCAAUGCGGCUCGUUCAUUCCAUGGGGGCCGGGUCGUUCGUUUUUGAGUCGUAUAUUACUUUUUGGAACAGCAGCCAGUUGUAUUAAACCGGUUGAGUUUUCGCUCCAAAAUGUUUAUUAAUUGGUCAAUAUUUAUCCAACAAUUAAUACUAACCGAUCGGAUCAUUUGAAUGAGUCAACUAACCUACAGAUAACCUGUGGACAACUUAUAAAAGUUUUAUACUUUGCAGUUGUCUAUAAUUGAACUAUGGUAGGAUCAAACGAGCGAGGCGUCUAGCCGCGCUAUGUCACUCACCGGUUUUACCUGUCACAGGUAAACUAGGACAGUGGACAUAAUAACAUCCAUUAUAUAAAUCUGCAAAAGUGAUUUGCCUUGUAUUUACUGAUUGUUAUGUUUGAUAUUUGACCAGCCAGUUGACACAAUGGCUAAUCGCGGGUGUCACUCCGGCGACAUUCCGCACGGGUACGUGUUCACCUCCUCGUGCCGCUACUAUAGCGCGAACGAAGAAACAUAUUGUACGUACACGUGUCACCGAGGAUAUGAGCGGACGUCAACGUAUGUCAAGUGCGUCGGCAGCAACACAUGGGUCUCCACCGCCCAGCACGAACGCCGCCCGUGUAUACCUUCAGACAAGCCGACGUUUGUGCCGCCACAUGAACACGUGACAACGAUGCCGAUUACAUGGGGGCCGAUUACGUUCAACCCCAACAGGACAUUCCAGGAUCGCACGACGCCCGGGAAGCACGAGUCCACUAUGGAGGUAGACACAAUGAGCGUUCGACCGGAGAUUUUCCUUUCCGUUAUGUUUGGAGGUCUCAUUGUUGUUAUCCUGGCCGCCUUCCUUAUCUUUUUCAGGGCCCACAAGAGGACAGCCCGCCAUGCACGGAGCAUGGGCAUCGUUGUGUUCGCUUCUGUAGACCCCCAUCACGGGCCUCCCACAUGUCAGACUGAGAACCCCGUGUCACCUGUGUAUACACCCCCAGCAUAUGAUGACGUCACACAAAGUGGUCCGCCACUGUAUGAUCAAAUAAAUAUUACGGACGACAACAAUCAUGCAAGGGCAACCGCAGAUAGGCACAAGGGUAGUGAUCUGCCACCGCCAUAUUCUGAUGACAGUACACUGGCUCAACAUUUACGCUACACUGAAUACUAUGAAAAUCCUACCACACAAGCCUCACAUAACGUCUGUACAUCAUCAAAUAGAGAUACUUUCAGCUCAAAUGUGGAUCAUCGUAACAGAAACGAACAAUUCAAACCAACCUGGCAACAGCCUUUAACACUGACGUCAAGUGAUUCACAUGAUACUACGAACAAUCCUGUUGAUGACCCGCCUCCCUACUCGAUGGUUUAAAGUGACUCGCUCAUGUUUUAAGACCAAAAAAGUUUUCCCGGUUAUGCAUCUGAAAGCACUUAUUUAAUCGUUUUUUACUCUAUUAAACCAAAAUUGCAGAAAAAUACAAUGAAAGAAUAAAACAUAUUUUGGUGUUAGUGGGUACGAACCCACGCCGGUAGAACGUCAAGAAACACUAGGCCACAAGGACUUUUACAACAGUAGAUCUGGAUAUUUUGACCUUACAAGAAUACAUUGACAUUAUUAUGUCAAUCAAUCACGCUACAACGAAUCGCUGAAUCUCUAGUCAUGAUAGUGACGGUAUUCAAAAGUUUGACGAUAUUUGAGCAAAUAUCAACAUUUGCUGAAGGGUUCCAGCUAAAAGUAACUUAGUGUUAUCACUCCUAAUAAUUUACCAUCGUUUUUUUCGUGAUACAUUUUUUUCGUAAAAACUGCAUUUUACAAAACAUGAGUCAGUUCCUUCAAUUACAUUUCGCUACGCACUGUGAUACACUUUUCACAGAUAAACCAAAUCAAAGUUUAUCAAACCUUUUUUCUUAAAAGGAAAACGAGCUAAUAAUGCAUGUAUUCCAUAUAAAGGAGGACUCUCAUUUAUUCAUUCUUAACUAUUGCUGUUUAUAAAUAAUUAGAAUACAACCUACAUUUACAGACAAUGAAAUUGCAGAUAGGCAAUGAUGAAGUUCCAGGCAUAAUCAUGUGUAAGAAUUUCAACUUUCGCGCGUGUUUAAAGGUCCGCCAACUGCAACUUAUUCGAAACACACUCCCUGCGUCAGAUUUUGCGUUGACAAUGUACCAGCCAAUGAGGUUGUACUCUUAAGUCGGUUAGAUCACCUGAAUUUAAAGCUUUAUGAUUAAGAUCAUGAUUAAGAAAGGCUCGUUGGCUACGCUCACUCCGCACGUUCUUAUUUAUUAAGAGUUUAAUUCCUGUUAUAUACCUAUUACUUAACCGUAAUUGUAAAUAAACUAAGACUGUUUGUGUCAUAAUUUGCAUCACUAAUUGUAAAUUCAUUGCGCAUUUAGUACCGUUUAUAAGUGUAUAAAACUAUCUAUGCAACACAAGAAUUUACUAUUUUUCAAACUUUGUAUAUAAGUGAACAAAUUUUCCACAGUGACUAGUAUGCUGCAUGUACAUACAGUAAGCGAGGGAACUUAUUCCAGGCUGAGGAGUUCAUUACUAGUAUUAACUUUGUCGAUUUUUUAUUACCACGUUGCUCGAACAACUAAUUUAAUGUGACAAAAUCAUAUUUAUAGUUUAUCAAACAUAUAUUUCAAUUAGUAUAGUGUAUCUGGAUUUCUUUAUAUAUUAUCUGAAGUAGGAAAUCAUUAAGAAAUGUAAACUUUUUACUUUAACAAUCAUGAAAAAUGUUUUAAGGUUAGUCGGGUACUUGUUAACACUUUAACAAUGAAAUAGAGUUAUAUAAUGUGUAUGUAUAUGACCUUACUCUUUGGAAUCGUCGGGUCCAAAUGUCGGGACCUGAGAACCUGGAACCGGGCAGGGACACCAGAAAAACAUUUUGCACUGCGGUGAUGCUUCUAUGAAUCUACUAUUAAUCUGUGUGAUAUUGCACUGUUAUGGAUCUGUUUUAAUAUUGCAUUGUUAUGGAUCUGUUGUGAUAUUGUUAGUGACUUCAAUAUGAUAAAUAUAAAUGCUCAUUUUUUAUAUUAUUCAAGAGUUAUGAAUAAACUCAAAAUAUACAGAAAAUGAGGGACAUUUAU